CUUCCAGAAUGCUUUCAAUAAUUCUACACAUCACCUUGUUCGUUUCACUGACACACACUCACAUCACGAUAUCAGAUGUAGACACAGAAAUCCUACUGGCUCACAAUCUACUGAAGCAGUCGCUGAAAUUCUGGCUUCCCGAUGCACCGAUAGUUCGCGAGGGAAAAGUCAAAGAUUAUGUAUGGGACAACAAUCUAGCCAUCAACGCCUACCAAUGGGCUCAACAAUGCAAAAACAAUCGCAGUUCCCCAGAGGACAGGAAAGACAAAAGACAUCGGAUCAUCAACCAGAAUGUGGCCAUCUCUGGAGAUAUUUUAGAUGCAGUGAUGGUGUGGGCUGUGGAGAGUGCCAAUUACAACGUGUACACUGGCGAGUGCAAGGAAGUCGGGAAAUGUGAAAAUUAUAGAAAUCUUCUUCUACCUGGGACAGUCUACUUGGGAUGUGGUUUCCACUGGUGUCCAGAUCUACCAACGACGGGGAAGAAUCUGGUUGUGUGCAAUUAUUCUCCGGAGGAAAGUAAUUCUAACAGGAGUCAAUAAACUGGAGCAUCAAUCUAUGACAGAAAAUCAGACGGACUAUCGUGAUUACUAAGAAGUGUGCAA